AUGGAAUCCCUCGAGCCAUGCCACUCCGAGGCCUCCAAUAUUUCAGUCACAUCAAAAGAUAAUAAGACGAUCGAGGAAGACGAGAAGGAAGAAGAAGAAUACGGCACGAGAUAUGAGACCACAUCGCGUGUCGUGCUAGAUCUCGAAAUGGCAAACACCGAGUUGAUGAACAAAAGAAACCCUAAUUCAAAACUCCACGAGCUUAAUCUUUUCGACUCUCUUAACCCUAGCGAGUCCACCGAGGAGGGUCGUAACCCUAAACCUUCGAAGUCGAAAACUUUCACCUGCAAUUUCUGCUGGAGGGAGUUUUCGACUUCUCAAGCACUAGGAGGCCACCAAAACGCCCACAAACAAGAGAGAGCAUUGGCCAAGCACCGCCACAACAUGGUGGAUUUGACGGCGGCCCCCGGUGCUCCCCCGCCGCCGUACGGCCACCAGCUGCAGGGCUACUCCUACUACCCCUACUCAACGUUUCAUCAGCAAUUACCUAAUUUCUAUGGAGGCUUCAAUAGGUCCCAUGGGGUAAGAUCACAAUCCAAUAUGAUUCAGAAACCCUACUCCUACCAUCAGUCGCCGUCGUUGUCGCCGUCGCCGUUAGCCUACUGCUUAACCCGGGAAAAGAUGCCUAGGGCUAAUUACAUGAUAGACCCAUCAACAUCAUCAUCAUCAACACCAGAUUAUGGAAUGAAGAUGGAAAAUUUUCAGUCACAUAAGUUUGAUUUUGGAGUUAUUAACCCUAAUCCUUCCACUAAGACCAAUGAAGAUGAUAAGAGGCUGACAUUGGGAAAUGCUGAUGAUGGCAAAGAUGCUUCAGGACUUGAUUUGGAUCUUAAGCUUUAA